UCUCAUGCCAUUGUACAUUGCCUCAUUGGUGUUAUUUGCGGGCUGCAGGAUUAAGGCGCCAAAGCCAUGGCAGUGUGCAGUCCACUCAUUUGCUUCUCCAACGCGCUUGCUAUUCCACGUCUCUCCCUUGGGAAACACUCGCGCAACUCUUACUCUCUAGAAAUCAAGUUUUGGGGUGAAAGGAGAAAAAGUGCUCUAUGUUUAGCUUCUUCAUCACAGAAUUCAAAUUAUAAUGUGGAAAGAAAAAGGAAAGUUGUUGAACAUAUAUGUUUACUGAGAGCAAAAGAAGAUUUAUCUGAAGAGCAAGAAAAGGAUAUGUUGGACUACCUUUAUACAUCACAAUAUCAUAUGGCUGGCAUAAUUGCUAUAUCUUUAGGCCGGACCUCAGAUCCAAAUCCUGAAAAUUACAGUCAUGGUGUAUUCAUGCGUUUCCAGAGAAAGGAAGACCUCGCAAAAUUUUAUGAGAAUGCUUUGUAUAUGCGUGUUCUCAAGGAGCAUGUUGCACCUUACUGCCAUGACUUACUAAAUGUGGAUUUUGAAGUAGAAGUAGAAGAUGAUAUCCUUGCCAUAUUUCGAAAAGGAGAGGAGUUUAACUACGGGGUGGAGUUCGUGCUUCUGAUUAAGUUUUAUGAGAGUGCCUUGAAUGGACCAGAUGCAUUAACUUCUCUUGCAAACUUGGCCUUUGAGUUUCCAUCCUUGAUUGUCCAGUCGACUCAAGGUAGCAAUUUUAAUCCUGAAAGCAAGGAGUAUACUCAUGCAAUAGUGAUACGAUUUCGCUCUGUUGAAGCUCAGAAGAUCUUCUUGGAGAGUUCAGAGUACAAACAUCAGAUAUUGGAGUCAAAAUUGCUGCCAAUGAGCCAGAAAAUUCUUUCAUUCCAUUUUCUCGUGGACCCAGUGGGCACUGAUCUUAUUGCUCAUGGCUUCAGGCAGCUCUCUAUCACUCAUUUAACAUCGUCUUUACAGUUGAUUCGAAGAACUGAAACAAUAGUUCCUCUUCCAUUUGAUAUGUUCCACUCCCUGGCCUAUGUUGUUCUUUCGUUCAAGUGAAAGACGUUUAACCUACUUCAUUGCCAAAUCAGGAAAGGUACCUGGUGAAUAGUAGUCUCUAUAUCUUAUCAGUCACAUUUUAAGAAAUUAGUAAUGGAUAGUAUUCGUAUAUAAUGUAGUAUAAGUUGCUUUCUUCGGUGGGUCUGUUCUACAGAAAACAGGCUUCUUGAAGUGGGGUCCCUUCAAUUUUUCAUACCAGAUCUGUUUUCAUUCUUGUCAGUCACAGUCUGAUUACUGUAUUGUUUUGAAACUUAAAAAGAAAUUUAAUGCAAGUUCUGCUAUGAAGCAUUUUCAUGCACAGAAUAUA